GGGCUGCCGCCAAAAAUCCAGGUUUCUAGAAAACUCGCCGGUGCUGCUCAGCCGUCAUCCUAAUCACCGCCGCCUUCACUCAGCCCCAUUAACACAAACGCAUCUCCAUUCAAAAAACACCGGCACCACUCACCGUUUCAGCCAUACUGCCGCCGCCAUUCCUGAUCUCUAUUUGGGUGUUAUUCCUAGUAAUGGCUACUGAUGGUUUCAAACGAUCAUCGAUAGCCCCACCUCCAGGAAGUCUCAAUGUUGAGAAAUUUGCAGAAUCCCGAGCUGCUGAACUUGAGGCUCUUCACUCAAUUGUGGCAAAUCGGCUGAACAACAAUUUCCGAUCUCAAAGAAACAAGAGAAGAAGGACCACUGGGCAUGAUAACAGAGAUGCAAACAAGAGAUUCAGAAAUAGGGAGAAAAUAGGGGUGGUUGAUAAAGGCAAAGUUGCGACUUCGGAGAAUGAUGACAAGAAAGUUCCUCGUCGUAUUCGUCGGCGAGUUGAAUUGAGAAGAAACACCGAACAUGGUUACUCCACUUCCGGGGAUGGUACCAAGAGGCUGAGAACCCAUGUUUGGCAUGCAAAGCGCUUUACAAUGACAAAGUUUUGGGGUUUCUACCUACCUGUGGGUUUGCAAGGCAGAGGAAGGGGUUCAAGGGCUCUCUUAAAGUGGUUCAGACAUGGAACUCUUGUACAUGAUGCUUGCUACCACAUUGCCCUGCAAUUGGAGGGUUUAGAGGAUUCAUUUCUUUCAAUUCUAGGCAUGGUAUUAAGGUCUUCUCCAUCAGCUCACUCUAAGGAUAUUUUAUGUUCUGUGCUUUCUGGAGCUCCCCAUGGAAGGGCUAUGAAAAAGGAUAUAGGUAUUGGAGCAAAACAUGAUGUUGAUUUUGUUAACAGCACACAGACAAAUGAGUGUUGUUCUUCCUUCCGCCAACUAUGGGUGUGGAUGCAUGCCUCAGCUUUCAAUGAAGGAUAUGAUGCUCUGAAAUUUGCUAGUCAAAAACUGCUUGUGAAUAAACUCUUCCUAUAUGAUAGCUUAAAAAGCAAGAAGCUUAAGGCAGAGGCUCUUUGUGAAGCAAUCUUACUUGCUCGUCUUAGAGAGGAGCAGGCAGUGAAAUGA